CUCACUCACGCCUCCCAGCGGUGUGACGUCAUGACGCUCCAGUUGGACACCUGUGCUCCACGUGCAGCCGCGCACAGCCAGAGGAGCGCGCGAGGGCUGCAGCAUGAGGUGCUCUGACAGCAGACACACACAGCUCCCUGCUCCUCUCCUCUGCCUGCGCCGCUAGUGCAGAUGAUGCCUGGGCGCUAGCUGGCCCCCAUGACUGAUAUGAGCGACGCGCUGGCUGGACUCCACUGCGCUUCCAGGGGUCUGAAAGUGGAGAGCGAGGAGGGCUUUGGGAGAGGAAACCUGAGCAGCCCCGCCAUCAUCCCCCUGCUCGCGGCCAGGGACAGGACCGCGGGGAAGAGAAGCAAUGAAGAGGAAGAGGACUCCUUCUCCGUCACCCCUAACCCUUUUCCGGAGCUCCUUCACUCCAACCUCUCCCCCAUCGUCUCCGAAUGCCUUUUACCAUGGACCAAAAACAGUUCAACUCAGGUAAUUAAAGUGUACAAUGAAGACCAGAGCAGCCGCGCCGUGGAGGUGCCCAGUGACAUCACAGCGAGAGACGUGUGCCAGCUCUUUGUCCUGAAGAACCACUGCAUCGAUGACCACAGCUGGACCCUGUUUGAACACCUGUCCCACCUGGGGAUAGAGAGAACAAUAGAGGACCACGAGUUGGUGAUGGACGUUAUAUCAGGAUGGGGCAUGGACUCGGACAGUCGCCUUUACUUUAGGAAGAAUUACGCAAAAUAUGAAUUCUUCAGGAAACCACUGGAUUUUUUCCCCGGUCACAUGGUGUCGAUAUCCAGUGAAACAAACGGCCUGGUGGAUCACUCGCAGCUAAUAGAGACCUUUCUGAACUCCAGUACCUGUCCGGAGAUCCACGGACAUCUCCACGCCAAAGAGCAGGGCCGCAAAUCCUGGAAGAGGUUUUAUUUUGUGCUCCGCAGAUCUGGCCUGUACUUCUCAAAUAAAGGCACAUCUAAGGAGCCUCGGCAUCUCCAGUUCAUCGCCGACUUCAGUGACAGCGAUGUUUACACCGUGCUGUCGGCCAAGAAGGUGCACGGAGCUCCCACGGACUUCGGCUUCUGUGUCAAGUCUUCAAAGGCCAGCUGUGUGAGGGAGCUCCGGCUGCUGUGCGCGGACGACGAGCCCACGCGGACAUGCUGGAUCACUGCCAUGAGGCUCCUAAAGUACGGGAUGCAGCUCUACCAGAACUUUCUACAGCCACACCAGAAACAAAAAGCUUCACCUAUGAGGAGCAUCUCCGAGAACUCACUGGUGGCCAUGGACUUCUCAGGACAGAAGAGCCGUGUGAUCGAGAACCCCUCCGAGGCCCUGUCUGUGGCUGUGGAGGAGGGACUGUCCUGGAGGAAGAAAAGCUGUCACCGUCUCAGCGGUCACGGCAGUCCCUCCUCCUCGGUCUCCAGCUUAGCUCUGCACAUGAGCCAGCCCUGGUUCCACAGUAAACUGUCCCGAGACGAGGCUCAGAGGCUCAUCACACAACACGGGCUCAUUGAUGGUGUGUUCCUUCUUCGAGACAGCCAAAGCAACCCAAAGACGUUCGUCCUGUCACUGUGCCACCAGCUCAAAAUCAAACACUUCCAGAUCCUUCCCGUGGACGAAGACGGAGAGCUCUUCUACAGCCUGGACGACGGCCACACCAAGUUCUCCGACCUGAUCCAGCUGGUGGAGUUUUACCAGCUCAACCGAGGCGUGCUGCCCUGCAAACUCAAACACCACUGUGCCCGCGUGACCCUGUGAACUCUGACCUCUGACCCCAAACACCCCCACCCCACCCCCCCGUCCCCUCGCAGAGACCCACCGCGCUAUCCGCUCACGGCUAACCCAACUGGAGUGCCUUCAGGAUGCACAAACUCCUCCUACCAACCACUGUAAUUGUAAAUGUUUUUUUUUUGGUUUUCGUUAUUGCAGAAGUGAAGCGCCAGGCCUGUCACGAUAAAACAAAAGAAAUAUUGCUACUAAAAACUAUCACGAUAAAUGAUAAUAUUGAAACAAAACUUUUCUCUAAGUUGAAGCAUAUUCUAAAAAAUCUAAAUAGUAUAAUUAAAGACACUGUACCUGAUUUUUACUGUGUUUGAAAUGAACUAGUUCUGAUUUUACUUUUUUAAACUAAACAACUAAAAUGCUAACGGUGCACUUCUUGAUUCUCGGACAAUAAAACGCUUUAAAAUGAUGCGCACAUAGUACAAGGCGGAUUUAUUUUGAUGUAAAAAGUUGCUAAUGUGUCAAAUUUAAAUUAGUCAACCAACUAAAGCUUAAAUGCAUCACAUCGGCUUGUUACAGCAAAGAAUUGUGUAUGUAUUUAUAAAAAAAAAAAGUAUAUGCGAUAAUUAUAGAGCCAUAA